AUGCCCUCAGACGACUACACCAGCGUUGCCCGCGGGCCUCUCAAGCUCAAGGGCGUAGCUGGGCCCGGGGGUAAAGUCAAGAAACACAAGAAAAAGAAUAAGCAGGACAAGAAGACGGACCUGGAGAAGAACUUAUCGACCGGAGAUGACAACAACAACAACAACAACAACAAGUCGCCAGUAACGAACGAUAACGACGACGAUGACGAUGAGAAGAAGCAAUUACAACAUAGAGAGGGCAGCAGUGCAGACGCAGAAGUAGAUAAUCAGGAACGAACGAGGAGAAGAACAAGUCAAAGCCAAGAACGGGAGGAAGAGAAGGAGGAUGAAACUAAGACGGAGGCGGAGAGGAGGUUUUUGGAGGCUAAGAGGAAGAGGCUAAAAGAAAUGACCGAAUCCGGCCGCGUCCGCCCCGAGCUCCUCAAGACGCACAAGCAGCGCGUAGAGGAGUUGAACGCGCACCUAUCGCGCUUGAGCGAGCAUCACGAUAUGCCCAAGAUCGGACCUGGUUAA